GGCGCGUUCGGUGCCGUUGUCGGUGUUGUCUGGGGCGAGGGAGGCGGCCCCGGGGUGUCCGGAGGGUGUCUGGGGCGCUCCCGAAGCGCCUGGGCCAGUCCUGCCUGGCGGCAGCACGAAGACGCGGAGGAGCCCCGCUUAAAGGGGUUGGGGGCUGUUCUAGUGCUUUGUACAGAAUCUUGUGCCUGACUCGCGUUCCUGGCCAGAAUGAGAAUUCGGGAUCAGUUUGAUAACUUGGAUAAGCAUACACAGUGGGGCAUUGACUUCUUGGAGAAAUAUGCAAAAUUUGUAAAAGAAAGGAUAGAAAUAGAGCAAAACUACGCAAAACAACUGAGAAAUCUGGUUAAGAAGUACUGUCCUAAGCGUUCACCCAAAGAUGAGGAGCCCAGGUUUACUUCGUGUAUUGCGUUUUUUAACAUCCUUAAUGAGUUGAAUGACUAUGCAGGACAACGAGAAGUAGUUGCAGAAGAAAUGGGACACAGAGUGUAUGGAGAAUUGAUGAGAUAUUCUCAUGAUCUAAAAACUGAGAGAAAAAUGCAUCUUCAAGAAGGACGAAAGGCUCAGCAGUAUCUGGACAUGUGCUGGAAACAGAUGGACAAUAGCAAAAAGAAAUUUGAGAGAGAAUGCAGAGAGGCAGAGAAGGCACAGCAAAGCUAUGAAAGGCUGGACAAUGACACUAAUGCGACAAAGGCUGAUGUUGAGAAGGCUAAGCAACAGUUAAACCUGCGCACACACAUGGCUGAUGAAAACAAAAAUGAAUACGCUGCACAGCUACAGAACUUUAAUGGAGAACAGCACAAACACUACUACAUUGUGAUUCCUCAGAUUUAUAAGCAACUUCAAGAAAUGGAUGAAAGAAGGACUAUCAAACUUAGUGAAUGUUACAAAGGCUUUGCUGACUCUGAACGCAAAGUUAUUCCGAUUAUCUCUAAAUGUUUAGAAGGGAUGAUCCUUGCAGCCAAAUCUGUUGAUGAACAUAGAGACUCUCAACUAGUGAUAGACUGCUUCAAAUCCGGUUUUGAACCUCCUGGAGAUUUUCCAUUUGAAGAUUACAGUCAGAAUAUUUACAGAACUAUUUCUGAUGGAACCAUCAGUACACCAAAGCAGGAAGGCUUGAGAAUCGAUUCAAAAACUACCGUGGGCAAGGCUAAAGGAAAGCUGUGGCUGUUCGGAAAGAAGCCAAAGCCACAAUCCCCACCCCUAACCCCUACUAGUUUAUACACAUCCAGUACUCCUAAUGGGUCCCAGUAUCCCAUAUUCUCCAUUGAACCAGUGCAUUAUUGCAUGAGUGACAUAAAAACAGGGAAGCCCAGAAUUCCUUCUUUCAGAAGCCUCAAAAGAGGGUGGUCGGUGAAGAUGGGCCCUGCACUCGAAGACUUCAGCCAUCUCCCUCCAGAACAACGACGCAAGAAACUGCAACAGAGAAUCGAUGAACUCAACAGAGAACUACAGAAGGAAACAGACCAAAAAGAUGCCCUCAUCAAGAUGAAGGAUGUUUAUGAAAAAAAUCCCCAGAUGGGUGAUCCAGGCAGUUUGCAACCAAAAUUAACUGAGACUAUGAGCAACAUGGACCGCCUGCGGAUGGAAAUACACAAGAAUGAGGCCUGGCUCUCUGAAGUUGAAGGUAAAGUAGCAGCCCGAAGCGACAGGCGGCACAGCAGUGAUAUCAACCACCUUGUAACACAGGGCAGAGAAAGCCCUGAAGGGAGUUACACGGAUGAUGCGAAUCAGGAAGUUCGAGGCCCGCCACAGCAACACGCACAUUCAAAUGAGUUUGAUGAUGAGUUUGAAGAUGACGAUCCAUUACCAGCUAUAGGACACUGCAAGGCAAUAUAUCCGUUUGAUGGUCACAAUGAAGGCACUCUAGCAAUGAAAGAAGGGGAAAUUUUGUAUGUCAUUGAGGAGGACAAAGGUGAUGGGUGGACAAGAGCUCGAAGACAUAAUGGAGAGGAAGGCUAUGUGCCAACAUCCUAUAUAGAUGUAACGCUAGAGAAAAACAGCAAAGGUGCAGUAACCUAUAUCUAACAGUAAACUCACAGCUUUCAGUUUUAGGUUCCCUGGGGAAAGUAGUGGAAAAAUACUAAGUUACACAGGCUCAUGGAAACCAUUAGAAUAUCAGAAGUCAGCAAUGGUCUGUUAUUUGCAAUACAUGUUUGCUAUAGUUUUUUUCAGAGAUGACCACAUUAAAUUAUGCAUCUUAUGCUGGUCUGUAAUUUUGACCAAUGCCUUCUGCUUUAACUGAUCUAGGUGUCCCGCUUUACAAAGUACUAAAUCCAAUUCAGCUAUUAAACUGAAGAAAACCAGGAUUCCUGCUUGUUCUAUGGAAUAUUUUAUUUAUGUUCAUAGAGACCUGAAACAGUACUUAAAGAUCUCUAAGAUUUACUGUUCCUACUCUUGUGACUUAAACUCCAUUUUUAAAACUUAGGGUUUUUUCCUCUAAUGAUUAACUGAACUCGGUUACUGAAAGUUACUGAUUUCCUUCCUUAGCAAAUACUUGGCAGCUUUUGCUUCUUAAAACAGGAAAAUGUUUUCUGAUUCUUAAAGCUCAACAAAAAUACUCAGGAAAAAACAUUGCGAUCAAGAAGGACAUGAAGUCCACUGACCUGCCUGCCUCCUUCCUUUUCAGUACUUGUAACGUAGAACAUUGUGUAUUGGACACAACUCCAUUGUUUUAACUAUAGAUACCGUGAGCAGAGCAAAAAAAAAAAAAAAAAGAGACCACAUGUAGUGUAUUAUGUCUUACUGAAACGUCUGUGCUCCUGAAAAGGGAAUGAUUUUAUAUUCUUAAUCUGUGCCUGUAAACGAAGUCUUUGAAUUGAAUCAUGUUUAGUUUGAAGUCAAGGUCUUAAACGUGGUCGUCCCUCUCACUGUUAAAUCACUGAGGACCGGGAACUGCAUUGCGCUUACUUUAUUACCAGAGGGGAAAAAAGCUUGUCUAAAAGCUGUGGUUCUUAUUCCUAAUGAGAAUUUGUGGAAUUCAGUACAAGGCUAGCGUAAAGCCACUGAGAAUGGCCUGUUAGAAGCGAGCACGCUUCUCUGUCUUUUAAAGGCCUUCAGUAACUUUGUUCUUUUCUUUUUCCUCUUGGACUGCAGGUUCCUGAAGCGGGUUUCUGAGGAAAUGGGCGAGAUCUUGAAGGAGGUUACAUGCAGCUGCGGGGGGGCGGGGGGGUGGGUGCUAGAUUGGGAGGCCCAGGGGAACAGCUAGUUGCAUGAAUGCAUGCAGACAUACCCUUAGUCACUAACAUCUUAGCAUCUCCAUACAUAGGUAAGGAUGUCUUACAAACUCUUCAAUUUAUGCAGGAAAAUGAGUUCCAUUACCAGAGUAAAAAAGCUACUGCUCCUAAAAUUGCUUUAUUUUCAUUGUCCUAGGCUGUCCCAGAUGCACAAACUAUAUUUUAGCUUGUGCUGUGUUUUGGUUAUCAUCUCAAUUACACUCUUCCCCAACUCGUUUGAAUUGGCAUUCACUUAGAACUCUGUGUCAAUUACCAGUCUGCCUGUGCCACCUCCAUGCUCGCCGUUAACCUCCUGCAUGUCUAGGACAGUCAGGCAUGUCUGCAUAACACUAUGCCAUCAUUGCUUGUCUUAUUUUGUAACAAAUAAUUUUGUUUAAAUAUCCUCAGCACUAGAGUUUCAUCCCACUAUCCAUGUGUGCUGCUAUAACUAUACCACUGCAACCAUCCUUACAUUCCAGUUUUUGGCAUAACUGAUAAGAGACCAUAAUGUGUUUGUGUUGAUUUGGGGAAAUAAUGCAUCCCAGCUCUAGCUGACAACGCAAGCGAGGGAAACUCCUAGAACUGUGGUCCAUCUUCAGCACUUCCGUGACCUGGUGGGAACACUGAAAACCUGGAACACCACCAGAGAAGUUCACCACUGCAAGCUAAUGACCGUUCUCAGACGUCAACCACUUGCCAUUCAAAUGCUGCCUUAAACUCGAGUGCCUAAAUGUGUUGUUUGCCAACACUACCACAUACAGUAUCCCACAAAGGGCUUUGCGUCUCAGCUCUUCUCUCAGUGCUGCAGCCGCUGAGGUAGCCACGGUAGGUGUUGUCUAGAGCUCUACUUUAUUGGAUACAUGGUGCAUCCUGAAUUUUAUACAUUGAAACAUGUAUCUCUUCAUUUGACUUUAAUAUUUUAAAAAAUAUUUUUAUGGAAACUGUCUUUUAGUUUUUCACUAAUUUUAAUUACUGCAGUGCUAGUCCAUUUCCAGGCAAUGCUUCAUUGUAUGGACCAGUUGAAAUUUGAUACUUCAUAAUGAUCUAUGUGCACUUUUACUU